UAGUUGUAACAGUCAUUCUUCGCGUAUAAUGGAACUUUUUCAACAGCAGCUCGGCUCAAGUGUCGCAGAAUCAGCACUGACAACGCUGGUUCAGAACGUCGUUUUGGCGUUCAUGACGGAAUAUUUUUGUGUUUGCGUAGUAAAUUCGAAUAACCAAAGCCUGAAUCUAAACAUUCCUACGCCAUCCGCGAUUAUUACGGUUGAUAUCGACUUUAAGGGGAAUUUUCAGCGAGGAAUCAAUGCGGGAUGUCAAGCAUUCAUCGUUCAAAAUCAAUCGAUCUGGCCGUUUUUGGAUGCAUUCGUUCCCAUUCACGAUAUUUCCGACCAACGAUUUACGGGGAAAAAGCUUAUUGCUGUAAUAGAUAGCCUAGAUGCUGAAACCACGAAUCGUCUAUGCCAGCAUCCCGCUAUGAAAGAUUUACCGGAUGUACUUAUCAUUACUUCUCAAAACGACAGCAACAUUGAGCUGCAGACUACACGCAUAUUUAGCAAUGGAUACAAAGAUUUGCCUGAGGUAGAACUAGUUCCAGUUACUGGUCCUAACUAUUUUCCGGACAAAUCCAAAAACCUCGAACAAAGAGCUGUCCGGUUCAGCCCUGUUCUCUAUCCUCCGUUUUCGUUUUACGGGAAUUCAACCAUGGAAGAAGCGAAUGCCUGGUACACUUCCAGUGACGGUUCGGAAGUCAUUCCAAUGAUCGUCGAUGGUCAAGAGUCUUUGUUUCUGGUUGAAUUUUGUCACAAAUACAACUGUUCUAUUAAAGUUGUGUAUGAUAACGACUCGUGGGGAGAAGUGUUUGAAGAUCAAACUGGCACUGGAUCAUUAGGGGCCGUGGCGAUGCAUAAAGCCGAUAUCGCAGUGGGCGCCAUCUACUAUUGGUUGGGCCCAUACAAAUUUAGCACAUUUACAGUACCUCUCAGCAGAUCCGGUCUCACUGUAGUCGUGCCGAAGCCAAUCAUUCUUGCUCCAUGGAAAACCCCAUUUUUAUCAUUUCCACUUCUGCUUUGGAUAGCGGUAGCAGUUUCAUUCGUUUUGGGAGUGUUCUCUACUUGGUUUGUCGAAAAAGCACGCAUCAAAAUCUUGAGAGACUCUUCUCAAAAUCCUGUGUCAGUGAGCGAUGCUGCUCUCUUAUUGAUUGGUUUAUUCAUAGAACAAGGUGUGGACACGCGACGGCGGGAUCUGGCAUCGAGUACCGUGUUGUUUGUUUCGAUGUUAUUCGCUGGAUUUAUGAUUGGUAACAUGUACAAUGCUGGUCUAGCGGCGGUUAUGACUAUCCCUCAGUACGGGAUAUCGAUCGAUACAACUUACGAUCUUGCUACCAGUGGGCUACCGUGGGGUGGGACUGCAAUUGCCUGGGUAUUUGCGAUAUGGAAAGCUACUGAGGAGUACCUCAAAGUAAUAGUCAACAAUUACCAAGUAGUCGAGCAGCAAACCCUAGUGAAGAACGCCAAAUCAGGUAACUUUGGAUUCGUCGGAGAACGGACAGAGUUCGGCCACUUUGUACCGAUAGAUUAUCUGGACGAAGAAUCUUCCCAAAUGCUAAGAUUACUCAAAGACGAUCUAUCGUGGGAAACCUGUGUCGCACUCGUUUCAAAAACGUGUCCUUUCAAGCCUCGCUUGGACGAGCUGAUUAUGAACAUUCGCCAAUCGGGCGUUCAAUUUUAUUGGGAGUUAAUGGCUUCAAGCAAAUAUAUCAACAUGACCCACGAGAAAAACAUUUUAAAUGGAAGGCAAACAAACAACGAAGAAGAGGCAAAGCGCCUGACGGUGCUUCAUUUCAUCGGAGCAUUUUUGAUUCUUGGGACAGGAUUUACUGGAGGAAGCAUUGUGUUUGUACUAGAAAUAAUUUUCUUAAAAACUCCGGAGCAGGCAAACGCUCGUUAUGAUAGGGACUACUCUGAGGAGGACAUUCCGGUCCAAUUAGAUGGUCACGAAAGUCUUAUUCUAGUUGAAUUUUGUCAGCGGCAUAACUGCUCGAUCGAGGCGUAUCCAGAUGAUUGGGGUAAUGCUGAGGAAAAUGGUACAUCAACCGGAGCGAUUGGGGCAGUAGCAAAACGUCAUGCUGACUUUCUCGUAGGAGCACUUUACUAUUGGAUCGAACCUUACAAUCUGUUAACCUACACGGUUCAACUAAGUCGUUCUGGUGUAACCGUCGUUGUACCCAGACCUCAAAUACUUCCUCCGUGGCGGACACCUUUCCUUUCGUUUUCAGAACAUUUAUGGAUUGCUGUUAUGGUGGCGUUUGCCGUUGGAGCCGUGUCAGUUUGGUUAGUGGAAAAAAAUCGUCUCAAACUUGUCCCUCCUGGCAGCGAACAACCCAAGUCCUUCAGCGACUCGGUUCUAACCAUCAUUGGUUUCUUCAUGGAGCAGAACGCUUCCAUGAGAAACGACCUGGCAGCUUGCGUAUUUUUGUACACCUCGCUACUGUUUGCCGGAUUCAUGAUCAGCAACCUGUACGGCGCCGGACUGUCCAGUGUGCUGACGAUUCCUCAAUACGAAGGCUCUAUCGACACACCGGAAGCAUUGGCUGCCAGUGGUAUGCUUUGGGGAGCGGACUCCUUGGUCUGGAUAAACUCACUUACUGCAGGUACCGAACCGUACCAGCAGACGUUGGUGAAAAAUUACCGCGUGAUGGAACUGGAGCAACUUGUGCAACGGGCCAAAACCCGGGAAUUUGGCUUCGUUGGAGAACGCACCGAAUUCGGCCACUUUGGUCCGACAGAUUUUCUCGAUAAGGAAACAUCUCGCCAGAAGAAAUUGCUUGCAAACGACAUACUCUGGCAAAGUUGUACUGCUUUUGUUUCCAAAACUUGUCCCUUCAAACCUCGUUUGAAUGAUCUCAUCAUGAACAUCCGACAGUCGGGUAUUCAGUACUAUUGGGAGCUAAGGGUUAGCUGAAAUGUUUUGAAAUCUGUGGUGGAUUUUCUAACAAUAUUUUUUUUUAUUUAAGGCAGUGAACCGAUACCUAGAUGUACGCCUUCAACAAAACGUUUUGAGUGCACGAAAAUCUGGUGCAGGCGAUGAAAUUGAAGCACUCACGGUGUCACAUUUUUUGGGAGCUUUUUUAAUCCUGUCGUCUGGAUAUUUUGUUGGAUCGCUUGUUUUCAUUUUGGAGUUAUUCGUCAGCAGGUUUACAGUGAAU